AGCCCUGACAAAAGAUAGAUCAGAAGUUUAAUAGAUUCACAUGGAAAAAGGUAGAUCAACUAACGGCUGGUAAGGUAAUAAUAAUAAGUAAGAGUCGUAUUUAAAACAUGAGCAUGCAAAUUUUGACCUCAAUGACUAGAAAAGGAAUCCCUUUUUUAACUUUCUUUUAUAUAUGAUUGUCAACUCCGUGCAUAUUCCUCUUCUUCCAACCUUACGCAAUUGUACAGACCGAUCAAUUAGACGGUUCUAACCCAACAAAACGAAAAUUUGGAUCGAGAUUGGAACAAAAAUUAUGUACCCGAAAGUGAAAGCUAACAACGAAGCUGAGAAAAGCCAAGAAGAUGAUUUGCAGAUAUAUGUGGCUAAGAUUCCAAAGAUUUACAUACCAAGUGUCCUCAUCUCUGAAUCUGAAUCCACAGAAACGAAUAAUAAGCCUAUCAGAGUAGGAGCUGACAUUGAAGUUAAACACAAACCUAAAGCCAGUCCGAUCUUACGCCCACGCGCUGUUGUAUCAAGUCCCGACAAUGAUGCAAUGAUCGGCGACAUAAACAAGAUUGAAGAAAGGAAAGCUAAGAAGGUUUUAAAGAGUGAUGAUCAUAUCAAGACCAGAGCUUCUCAGCGUAAGAAUGUUAAUACUACCAACGUGAAGAUUCCUCAUCGUAUAGUCAAUAUUAAUACUACCAAUGUGGAGAUUCCUAAUCGUAUAGUCGCUAAGCAAUCUGGAGUCAGUUCAAAGGGAUGAUCACAAAUGAUCUAAUUUUUUUAUAUUGAUGGUAUAUCAAUGGUAUACUACUUAUUACUUUCGGUUGAUCAAUGGUAUACUACUUAUUCAAAUUGUACGUUUUGAAAACGUGAUUCCGCUAGGUUUUUACCAUUCUCAACAAUCAACAUUUCUUUCCACGUUUUGUAUAGUGGUUAUAUAUAUAUAUAUAUAUAUAUACGAUGCUCAUGUUAAUUGAAAACAUAAGUCUACAAAUUUAGUCUUUAAUGAUUACGAAGAUGUAUUCAUAAUAUAAAGAAGGAGGAUUCUCUGUUUUUUUUUUUUUUUUGUCAACAAGAAGGAGGAUUCUCGUAACAGAAACCCUAUUACUGCGUUAGCUCAGCCUCCACAGUUCAGCUUCAUCACAGUGCUUAUUUUGUUUUCCUCCAAGCGUAUCAACAUUGUAAAUGCAAAGGAUGGCUUCAUCAAAGGGGAAGAAAGGGCUUCACGAGAUCUUUCGCCACGUGAUGAGAAACCAUCAGAAUACUUUAGAGAAAACUGAAAACGCAACUAUGUCAAUAGGUGCAUCUUCAAAAACAGUAUCAUCGUCGAGUGUAAUGCCGCAGAUUCUGUCAUCGCAUAAGUUUUCCAACGUUGAUUCAUCCAACACUGGUCAAGGUAAACUUAGUUGUAGUAACCAUCUUUUAACAAUACGGGAGUCACAUUGUAAGGUGCAAACAGAUGAUUACAAGAAAAAAGAGUCAUAUGCUAUGAAGAAGCUUCUGAGAAGAUCUGAUCAGAAGUUUUGCGGUGAGACUAUGUUUGGUUGGUGGGCUAUAAUGGGAAAAGAAGUUGGUGUACAUGAAUACAGCACACUGAUUCAAAUUUGCAGACAACGAGCGAGGAGAAGGAAUGAUGUAGAGUCUGUUCUUGGUCAUAUUGGGAAGGCUAUUGAGUACCUUAAAGAAAUGAGAAAAUGUGGAUUCACUAUAGAGAAAAGAACUUAUGAACCUUUUCUAAAGUUAUUAGUUGAUAAAGGAAUGGUAGAGAAAUUCCAAAUUUCCAAGGAUGUUAUUAGAGAUGCAAAUCCUGAUGCUCUUGGGAAGAUUGGAUACUAUGAAAUGCUUCUUUGGAUCCAAGUAGGCGACGAUGAGAAGGUCCACGAACUUUGCAGUACGAUUGGGGAUAGUGAGACUAGUUUAUCAAUCCUACAAGAAAAUUACCUGGUUGCACUCUUUGAGAAAGACAGAAGUGAAAAUCUUCAGAGGCUGUUUGAGAUUAUGGACAUUACCAAAGUUUCAUCGCCACACCUAUUGACGAAGAUAUUUGGAUAUCUUGGAAGGUCGCUAUUGGAGUCUAUUGCAAUCAAGUUCUUUAGGGAACUAAGAAAGUGUGGUAAAGAUGGAGGGAAGACAGUGUCAAAUCUUAUGUUUAGCUAUGCAACCUGCAUCCCAAAUUUAACGGCAGACGAUGCUGUUUUGAAGCACGAAAAGUUGCACAAAGAACUAGAUAUCAAGCCUUCAUCUACAUCUUAUACUAAGCUUAUUACUUAUCUUUAUGAAUCGAAUGAGGUAGCCACUGCUCUGGGUGUAGCUGACAAAAUGCGUGAAGCAGGCCAGCCAUUGUUACAUACUAUUGAUUUAACCAAAAUUUUCUAAGUUUUGACAUGGUGAGAUUGUCUCUAAUAAAGACUUCUUUAAUGGAGGAAACGAAGGUCAUGGACCAUUCUUUAAAGCCAAUAAUGAGAAGAUCGA